GGAAGGGGGUGAGCCAUGUCCCUGGCGGGGCGGCGGCGGGAGGAAGAGGAGGGGGAAGGGGAAGAAGAAGGGGAUGGGGAGGAGGUGGUGCAGAUCCGGCUGGGGGACAAGUGCUACCCGGUGUGCAAGAGGAAGCUGAUCGAGCAGAGUGACUAUUUCCGAGCCCUCUACCGCUCGGGCAUGCGGGAGGCAGGGCAGGGCCAGGAGGAGCAGUUGCUGCGGGGGGGCCUGAGCGCCCUGGGGCUGGAGCUGGUGCUGGACUUCAUCAACACCUCCUGCCUGGCCAGGCUGGAGCAGGAGGAGGGGGGCGAGGAGGAGCCCCCUUUGCUGGAGGAGCUGGUGGAGGCCGCUUCCUACCUGCAGGUCACCCCUUUGCUCCGCCUGCUCCUCUCCCAGGUGAGGCUGGGCAACUGCUUCGAGCUGCACCGCCUGGCUCAGGUCUACGGUCUCCAGGACUUGCACGACGCCUGUCUAGACUUCAUGGCCGCCCACUACCACCAGGUGCUGCGGAGGCCCGACGCCCGGCCACAUCUCCUCCUGCCCCACGCUCUCCAGCAGCACUUGAAGGAGAGGCGGAUGAGGGGCACCGCCACCCUGGUGGCCAUCGGGGACUUCAUGGGUUCCUCCUCCCUGGGCCUGCCUCCAGGCCGUCACCCGCAAGUGGAAGCCCCCUGGUCUAUGCUGAGGUACGAUGAGGAAGCGGAGAGGUGGCUGCCCUUGGCCAACAACCUCCCCCCUGAUCUGGUGAAUGUCCGAGGCUAUGGGUCGGCGAUGCUGGACAACUACCUGUUCAUCGUUGGGGGCUACAGGAUCACCAGCCAGGAGAUUUCGGCCGCCCAUUGUUACAACCCUUGCCUAAAUGAAUGGAGCCAGCUGGCAUCGAUGAACCAGAAGAGGUCCAAUUUUAAGCUUUUAGCUGUAAAUGGGAAGCUCUACGCCAUCGGCGGUCAAUCCCUUGCCAACGUGGAGUGCUAUAACCCAGAAAAUGACUGGUGGAAUUUCGUAGCGUCCAUGCCAAACCCUCUUGCAGAAUUCUCAGCUUGUGAGUGCAAGGGCAAGAUCUACGUUAUCGGAGGAUACACUACACGAGAUAGGAAUAUGAACAUUUUGCAGUACUGUCCCACUUCUGAUUCCUGGACCAACUUUGAACUUUGUGAUGUCCAUGUUCGCAAACAACAGAUGCUCUCUGUUGAAGAAACUAUAUAUCUGGUAGGGGGUUGUAUUCAUGAACUUGGACCAAACCAAAAAUCCAGCCAAAGUGAGGACGCGUUAACUGUGCAGUCUUACAACAUUGCUACCAAAGAAUGGCUCUACCUCAAAGAGAAUACAUCAAAAUCGGGUCUUAACUUGACUUGCACUCUCCACAAUGAUGGAGUCUAUAUAUUGAGUAGGGAUAUUACUUUAUCUACAAGCUUGGAGCACCGUGUUUUUCUUAAGUAUAAUAUAUUUACGGACAGUUGGGAGUCACUAAGACGCUUUCCAGCCUUUGGACAAAACAUGCUGAUCUGUUCUAUGUAUUUGCCUGAUGUGCGAGAAGUGUAACAGCACCAGGUUCUUCUUUUCAGCUCAUUAAUCAUUCUUGGAAGAAAUAUUGCUCGCUCUCAAUAAUUCCAGUUUCAGAAUGUCAUGUGGUUGCAUAAUGUAGGCAUAAAAUACUGAUUCUGUUCUUUUAAAAAGUUGCAAAAUCCAAUAUUAAGAGAAAUGCUCCCAGAAGCAGUUUUAAGAUUUCAGGUUAAAGAAUUUAUUGUUUUGGAUAAAAAUUUUACCAAGUAUUGUUUGCAAUUUAAACAUAAAAUUAUUGUGUUGGUAACUGGUAAAGGAAUUCCACAGGCAAAACUGACCAGUCUAGUUUUAUUCUCCAUCUUAAUAGACAGUCUAGAAGAUGAGCAAGAAGCAUACAUGGUAAAAGUGGAAAAAAUUCAAUAAAGUAAAUAAUAAGCAUAAGAAAAAUCACAAAGGCAAUUAUUUCUUUUAAAAUA